AUGUCUUAUGGUGUCGCCUUUGGUGAUAUUGAGGCUGACUGUCCCAAGGAGUACUGGUUUGACGGAAGCGUGGAUAUUCAGUUGGUAGCCAAUGCUUUGGAGCGGCUGAUUGCUUGCUAUACAUCUGGUCUAUGGGCGAAAUAUCAUCCGCCGUUGCUGAUAUUGCCAUACUCUGAGCCGGUCUUGCUGCGAUCAUCUGUUAAAAUGCGAUGGCCCCCGAUAUCACAGCGACAUAAGCAGCAAUAG